UUCCGCGCUACACAGGUUGCUCCGCGCUAUUCACACACUCCACAUUCCGUUUUAUCUGCGGUGUUUCUCCGUUUAUCUCAUUUAUCUCCUCUUUUACCCCCCCAGCCCCGACCCCAGCACGCGCCCCUGACCCCCGUAACCCCACGGAGCUCAUGUACCGCGGCCGAGGACAGAGGGACCUCUCUGGUCCCAGAGACCCGCACGGGCCCCGGCCUCCGUACGCGCCGGGUUAUCCUCCACCGGACCCCCGCGGACACUACAACGAGCCCUGGAGCAACGCGCCCCCGAGAGAGCGGUCUCCGUCUGGUCCUCUCGACCGCAACCUCGUCAUCACCGUGGGCAACGAACGGGCCAAUCACAGCGCAUCGCAGUCAGACAGAGACUACGACCGAACCAAGAGUCGAGGACACAGCAAAUCCCGAGGCCGGAGUCGGUCCAGAACUCCGGACCGGACGAGGGGGCGGAGCAAGAGCAAAGGGCGGAGCAAGUCCAGGGGGCGGAGCAAGAGCCGGGUCCUGUCUAGAUCCAGGUCCAAGUCCAGGUCCAGGUCUCGUGAGCGGAGCCGAGGCCGCAGCAGAGGGCGGAGCUACAGCAAAGGAGGCGGUGCUCACAGUAAGAGCCGUCGCUGCAGUCGCUCAUGCUCUGGAGACUUAAGCGAACUUGAGUCAGUGCGAAAAUGCCACGAAAAUGUGACUCAACAACCAACCAAAUCUAUUCUAAAAAGACGCCCCGAAGAGGACUCCCCCUCUGUACAGAGCCUGGACUCUCCUCGUCUGGCACCCGGUCCCUCAGACUCUGUCACGCGGAUGGCUGAUCAGCUUGUUGCCGCGGUGAGGGGGCUGCAGCCGGGUGCGGUGGCGGCUAUGUUGGCUCAGCUGAAGGCGGACCCUCAGAUGGGGGAGGCGGAGUUUCGUCAGAUUGUGGUGCUGCUAGAGUCUCGUACGGCUGCGUGUCGACCAGACGAUGCCAAAGUGGCUACCAAACGCCCUGACGACAUUGACGACGAGGAGCUCUUCCUGUACGGAGAUUCUGAGGCUCCGCCCACAGGCCAGCCCCCAGAGCAGCCAAUCCGGAGCCAGGAUGUGUAUGGAGAUGUGACUGAGGACGACCUGUACGGCGACCUGCAGCCGCCACCUGCUGCCCAUGACUCCAGGUACUCCCAGAUCCCCCUAGGCACUGAGGCCUUGGAGGCCGGGGAGCGCCAGGCUCUGGAGGAGUAUGAAAAAGUGCAGAACCUCCUUCAGACCAUCGGACUGGACCUCAACGUGUCCGACAUCUCGAAGAUGGCUGCCAGAACCAAGGAGCGUCUCCAGGGAAACCGGCCACUCAAGUCCCCUCCCCGCCGACGUCACUACUCCUCCUCUGGCAGCUCCAGGUCAGGGAGCAGCAGUCGCAGUCGCAGUCGCAGUCGCAGUAGGAGCUACAAUCAGGACCAGUCCAGAGACCAGACCAGGGAUCAGUCUCUGCCCGCCCCUGAAGCUGCCCCUCUUGUAGUCCCUCCUCCACACACCCCCAUGAACCUACCCUACCCCCCCGCUCAGGUGCACGGGUUGAUACCUCCUUACCCCCCGCCUGGGUAUCCUCCUCAGUACGGGAACUACAUGGGCUAUCCCCCUCCCCCACAGUGGCCCCCCAUGUACCCCCCGCCCACCAUGCCCUACAGCGCCUACCCAGAUGGAGAAAAAGAUCAUCCGUUUAACGAUGAACAAAACAACGAGAGUCAGAAGCAGAAGGUGCUGGAGGAGCGAGAGAAGCUCAAACAGGACAGAGACAUCAGGAUGAAGAAGAAAGAGUACCUCAUGAAGGAGCUGGAGCGCCUCCGAAAACAGCAAGGGGAGCUGCUGAGGAAGAAGCGGCGAGAGAAGGACGGACACAAAGACCCUCUGCUACAGGAAAUCAGCCGCCUGCAGGAGGAAGUGAUGUCACAGAUUUCUGCGCUGCGGCGGGAACACGAGGCAGCUGAGAAGAAGCGCACUGAGAUAGAGAAAGUGGCGUCCAUUUUGGGUCUGGCUCCUGGAGAUCGACCCCGAAAAUCCUCCGAGCGAGAACCACCUCCCAAAAAGAAACGAGAGCGGAGCAUUGAGCGGCGCCACAGCAGUGCCAAGUCUCCCGAAAAAUCAGCCACGCCCUCCUGGAAGCCCACGCCUCCUCGGAAAACUGUCACGCCUCCUCGGAAGACCACACCCCCCAUGAAAACAGCCACACCCCCUCGGCCCGUGGCGUCACCCCUUAAGUCCGUGUCCCCGCUCCCUGUGCCGGAGGAUCCCUUUGAAUAUUAUGAUGCAGGAAACCACUGGUGCAAAAGCUGCAACGUGACGUCAGGAUCCAUGUUCGACUUUUACACUCAUCUGCACAGCAAGACGCACCGCAAGACUUUGGACCCAUACGAUCGGCCCUGGGCCCCUGCUCCCACCAAAAUCUCCAAGAGCGACCCGGCGGUGGAGAAGCUGACCAAACCCGCCAAAGGGUCAGAGUUCAUGCUGCCCGUGCGAGGAUUCUACUGCCUCCUGUGUAAAGAGUUUUACGGUGACGCCAUCUGCGCUGAAGAGCAUGUGACCAAGCACUCGCACAACGAAAAGUACAAGAAACUGAUACAGGAGAACCCUCUCUACGAGCAGCGCCGUAACCUGGACCGGCAAGCUGGAAUGAAGCGCAAACCCGAAGAACCCAAGAGCCAGGUCCCCAAGGUGGAGUGUGAGCCCAAACCAGAACCCAGACUGAAGAAGAAGAAACACAUGGAGCCAGAGGAGCUCAGCCCACCCCGUCCCCUCGAACCGCCGCGCCCCGUCGAACCACCUCACCCACAGGAAGUGCCCAAACUGGAGGUCAAAGUGGACAUGAGGCCACUCCCCGAGGAGCCACCCAAACUACCCAAGCUGGAGAUCAAAGUGGAGAACAAACCUCCUCUGAAACCGUUGGAGCGUCCAGUCUUCAAGAAGGAUGAAGACGAGAAACCCAAACUCAGCAAAAAGGACGAUAAAUAUCGCUACAACCGCGAGGAGGAGGACCGCAAGGAACGCUAUCGCCGCUACGAGGAGUACAAGUACAAGACCCAGCGCUAUGAUGACCGCUACGACGAUCGAUACGACGAUCGAUAUGAAGAUCGAUAUGAAGAUCGCUAUGAAAAGUCCAAAUACCACAGAGACGAGGAUCGCUCCAAAGGAAAGUACGACUCCAAGUCCAAGUACGAGCCAAAGAAACCAGAGCCUAAGAAGGAGCCCGAGGCUCCGCCUCGCGCCUACGACCCCCCCAAGGUCAUGUGCGGCCCCAGUCCCGCUAUGAGGGCCAAACUCAAGAAGCAGAAUCAAGAGGCCGGCAAAUCAGGAUGCUCCCCCGCCUCCUCUGCCACCGCCGCCACCUUCAACAAGUUCACCUGGAAAAAGAAGGAGAGCGUCCUGAUGAAGGAGGCCCAGAAGGUGGCAGCGGCAUUUAUCAAGGAUGAUGAGGCCGCGGCACAGAAGAGCGGCUCGGACGAAGACGCAUUUCAGAAGUCGAUGGCGGCAGCGAAAGAGAUCGCCGAGAAGCUGGCCCAGAGCGCGCCUCCCUCAUGGGGCAAGAUUCGACCCAGUCUCCCUAACCACCGUGGUGCUUUGGGUGGGAAACCGGGACAGAACGCUGUGAGGCCGUCCGCCCCGACCAAUCAGGAUGCAGCACCGGCUACCGGAGCACCCCAGGCCACGCCCCAAACCAUGCCCCCAUCGGACGCGGCUCAGGUCCCCAUGAUCCCGAACCCUACCUUCCCUCCUCCCUCUUUCCCCCUGCCUGCCUUCCCUCCUCCUUCUUACCCCCCAUUCCCUCCCCCCUCCAGCAUCAUGCCCCCCAUUAACCCCAGCAUCCCCCCUCCACCACUGGUGCUACCCCCGGUAGUCCCUCAGGCCUUUGCAGCGCCGGCAGUCCCAGAGAUAGAACCUCCAAAGCGGGUCUACGUGAAGCCUGCCCCCUUCCUGAGCAGCACCGGAUCCAAGACGGAGAAGUUCAGUACCAGCAUGGCUGCCGCCAAAGCCCAGGACCUGUUUGGCAUCUUGUUCAGCUCCAGCAGCAUCGGCCCAUCGUCUGCGAGCUCCACCAAAACCGUUGCUUCGGCAACCACCACCGCCAAAAUGGAGACUAAACCCCAGACCAAACUUCAGACCAAACCUAAGGAGCAGCAGAGUGUUAUGCAGAACACCAGUGAUGCUCCAGUCCCUCCAGCAGGUGGCGCUGCAGAGGAGCCAGGGCUGCAGAUCACCUCAGUGUGGUCCAUGAACGAGACGAAGGGCGCCAAAACAGUGGUGGUUCCAGAGGGAGAGGGGAAGACCAAACAGCUCCCACUCCAAAAUGAGACUCUGAAGCUGGGUAUGACUGAGCAGAGUGUCUCUGAUGAGGCUUCACAGACGCAGGAAUCACAGGAGGAGCAGGAAGCCCAGGGACAAGUGAAGCUACCUGAACCUGAGUUUGAGACCAAGGACCAGAACCAAGACCAGACCCAAGACCUGGCUCAAAAUGUCCCACAGAAUGAGUCUAAGGGGAGCCAGUCUGGACCCGUCCAAAUUGAGUCAGAACUCGAUAAUCCCAAUGCUGUAGGUUUGGCCAAAGCUUUACCCAAGCUCCAGGUGCCACUGAUCCGCAUAGUCCUGGAGACCACGCCCGACGUCCAGGCCGACGUCCAGGCCGACGUCCAGGCCGACGUCCAGGCCGACGUCCAGGCCGACGUCCAGGCCGACGUCCAGGCCGACGUCCAGGCCGACGUCCAGGCCAAUACAGAGGAAAGUCCCACAAAACCCGAGCCACAGUCCACAGAACUGAACCAGGACACAGACACAGAACUCUCUGCCCCAGAACCCAAACCCAGAACCAGAGGCAGGAAGAAGGCAUCACCCACGGCAAAACCAGUCCGAGCUCGACAGACUCGGUACCAGACGCGGCGACAGCAGCAGCAAGAGCUGGAACCUGAGCCAGAACCAGAGGGUGAGACAGAACCAGAAAUGCAGACCGCGGCCCAAACUGACCUGGGGACUAAUCCCGCUCAGGCCUACGUUCAGGACCACAGCGCCGAGGUGAGACUGUUCCAAGAAGCAUCUGUCGAGUGCAGCCAGGAGGAGGCCAUGGAGGUGGACCAGGAGGAGGUGCAGACACAGCCCGAUCCCGACGCUCCGAUGGUGGAAUUGACCCCAGAGACGCUGGGGCUCCCUCCGGACAUGACAGCACUGGACUUCGACUAUGAUUUUAGCUUUGAGUAAAACACAAAAACGUGUUCACUUUGGAGCAGGGCACGGCACUGAUCCUGUGAAGGAGAUAUUUCCAAAUCAAACCUUUAGCCAUGAAAAGGCCCAGUCUCAAAUGGCCCGGUUGCUCCUGUCUAUGGUCUCCCUCGUUUCCCUGGACACUGGACCUUUGCUUUUGUAAAUAGUGCUUCUGUGAUGCAGACACAGUAGAAUUGUUUUUGUCCAAUCAAAACUGUAAAAUUGUGUUCAUAUUUCAACAGCUUUCAUCCUAACCUCGAGCUCAGUCAAAUAAGUGCUGGUCCCUUAAAAAUCUGUUCUAUUUCAUAAAUUUGGAGAUUUCAGAGUAGAUGUCGUUAUAAAGCCGCAGUUGUUCAGGUUGAAUAUAAAUCUUAACCACAAAAAUCCAGCGGUUUGAAAGAAAAACUAAAAUGGCCUCUGUCAUUUUCUGAGGCAAAGUUUAGAGUCAUGUUUUUAAAAUCACAACACUAAAGACUGCAAUCCUGGGUUUAGACCUGGUGUCGUCCUGAUUUAGGUGCUGUUCAGACCUGGUUUAGACCCUGUUCAGACCUAGUUUGAUCCUGGUUUAGACCCUGUUCGGACCUGGUUUAGGCUUCGUUCAGACCUGGUUUAGAUUCUAUUCAGACCUGGUUUAGGACCCUCCUCAAGCCGUUUUAUGUUUGUAGAUUAGAAUCAUCAUAUUUUAUGUUGUUUUUUUCACAAAGAAAAAGCUUUUGCAAACAUUUCUUGUUUUGAGCUGAAACAAAGAAAUAAAACAUUUAAACAGUG